GCCAGCCCUGUGCCAGGCAGCCCUGGGCUCCGGGUGAGAGAGCCGCCUCCUGUCUCUUCAGGCUUCCGCCUUCCACCGGGAGCUGCCGCCCAGCCAUGGAGGGGGAGGAGCAGCCACCGCAGGAGGCCGACGCGGAGCCUGCGGUGACGGCAGGGGCUUCGGAGCCGGUGCCCAGGGUGCUUCCUGGAGAAGCUCAGAACCCGUCCGAUGUGGACGCCUUCAACCUGCUCCUGGAGAUGAAGCUGAAGCGGCGGCGUGAGCGGCCCAACCUGCCGCACACCGUGACCCAGCUGGUGGCCGAGGACGGGAGCAGGGUGUAUGUGGUGGGCACGGCCCACUUCAGUGACGACAGCAAGAGGGACGUCGUGAAGACCAUCCGCGAGGUGCAGCCCGACGUGGUGGUGGUGGAGCUCUGCCAGUACCGCGUGUCCAUGCUGAAGAUGGACGAGAGCACACUGCUGCGCGAGGCCAAGGAGAUCAGCCUGGAGAAGCUGCAGCAGGCCGUGAGGCAGAACGGGCUCAUGUCGGGACUCAUGCAGAUGCUGCUGCUGAAGGUGUCGGCGCACAUCACCGAGCAGCUGGGCAUGGCCCCCGGCGGCGAGUUCAGGGAGGCCUUUAAGGAGGCCAGCAGGGUGCCUUUCUGCAAGUUCCACCUGGGCGACCGGCCCAUCCCCGUCACCUUCAAGAGAGCCAUCGCCGCGCUCUCCUUCUGGCAGAAGGUCAAGCUGGCCUGGGGCCUGUGUUUCCUGUCAGACCCAAUCAGCAAGGACGACGUGGAGCGCUGCAAGCAGAAGGACCUGCUGGAGCAGAUGAUGGCCGAGAUGAUUGGCGAGUUCCCCGACCUGCACCGCACCAUCGUCUCGGAGCGAGACGUCUACCUGACCUACAUGCUGCGCCAGGCUGCCCAGCGCCUCGAGCUGCCUCGCUCCUCCGACGCCGAGCCCAGGAAGUGCGUCCCCGCCGUGGUCGUGGGAGUCGUGGGCAUGGGCCACGUGCCCGGCAUCGAGAAGAACUGGAGCACCGACCUCAACAUCCAGGAAAUCAUGACCGUCCCGCCGCCGUCCAUCUCCGGCAGAGUGUCCCGGCUGGCUGUGAAGGCUGCCUUCUUCGGCCUGCUGGGCUACGGCCUGUACUGGAUGGGCCGCCGCACUGUGAGCCUGGUGCUGUCGCUGCCGGCCGCGCAGUACUGCCUCGAGAGGGCGGCCACCGCCCGCCCACACAAGUAGGAAGCACCGCCCAGGGAGCGACCACAGCCGGGCGGUGGCGGCUCACGUGGUUGCUGAGGGGCUCCCGGGGAGCCUGCACCACCUGCGGAAGCACCCUGAGCGCCGAGCCCACCCACGGCCCUUCCACCCGCCGUGGGGGUCCAGGCCAAGCCGUGCCUGCACCCCCGUCCACACCACCCAAAUAAAGGAUUAUUGAACUGUCUGAGCCGAGGCUUCCCAGCAGCCCCCUCCUCACCUCCCCACUCAUGCUGCAGGGGCCCAGCUCCCAGGGGGCAGGGCUGGGGGAGGGCUGAGGCGCACGGCACCCCUCGGCACCCCAGGCGGCGGGGUGUAGCCAGCCAGCUGCUGUCCCCUACCUCACUGUGCCUUCUUGUGCCCUGGCCCAGGAACGUCUCAUGGGGGGUUCCGGGUCCAGGCGGGUUUGGGAAGGGCCGGGUGCCCCAGGCAGCUCUUUAGCGUGGCCGCGGACUCUCCAGUGGACCCGGCUGCGCCCGGCUUCCUGGGCUCGGCCUGCUGCCUCCCUGGCUCCGUCUCUGCCUGCAGAGAUUCUGUGUUUUUGGCUUUUUUAAAUGUCUGAAAAUCUUUACUCAGGUAAUUUUAACUUUAAAGAAAAAACAAACUGAAGCAAGUGUCAGGAAAUACAAGCCUUAAAUCUGAUUGGGACAAAAAGAAAUUCUCUCUUUUUGGGUCUCUGUCCCGAGAAGGUCAGCCUCGGGGUCCAGCUGGCACCUCAGGUGUGAGCUGCUGUCCUGGCUGGAACCUGCUUCCUAUGCCUCCAAUGGGGGUGCGCAGGGGCCGCGUGACCCUCACUGGACAGAUGGCUUGUGGGGCCGCAGCCGCAGACCGUGGUUGAGCUGCCCUGCCCCAGCCAGCGUCCGGGCGCCCUCUGGGUCUCUCUGUGUUGACUCAAAUCAGGUGGAACCCACAGCUGCAAGCCCGGUGGGGCGCAGAGGCAGCCACGCUUGUGGAUUCAUUCCUUAGAAACAGAAAUAAAUUCUAAUUUUGGAAGCUCCUGUUUUGUGAGAUAUGUGGAAAUGGGGCUCAGGUGACGGGGAUGGGGUCCUGGCCACCUCUGUGCUGCGACCACAGGAUGCCAAGGGCACCGCCUGGGGUCCGGGGGGCGCUUGCCCUCCCUCUGCCUGUGCUCAAGGGAUGCAGGUCCUGGGCCCCUGGCACCCAGCCCUGGCCCCGCCCCACAAGGUGGGCAGCGCGCCAGCCAAGGGCAGCUCGGAGGGGCUCCCGCCCUGCUCAGCACCCCACCCUGGCACGGAGAGGAGGCAGGGCCAGCCGCACGAGAGCUGGGACCUGCCCAGCUAGAG